AUCAGAUCAGUCCCGCUGCACUGUUGCUUCUACCGUGGCCGAGGACACAUCUAUAGACCUCUGCCAUGGAUUAAACACAUUUUUAAAACGGGAUAUCAUUAAAGUUUUUUUGCAAACGAGUUUUUUUAUUGGUUCGCUUAUCUGGAACUUGAAAAAAGAGAAAUGGCAAGUCCGCCGACGACGGGAGGACACCUGUUAUCGAAUGGGACGUACGGAGUGAAGAAGUGCGGAUACCUGAGGAAGCAGAAACACGGACACCGGCGCUUCUUCGUGCUGCGGGAGCCGACGGAGCGCUGCCCUGCGCGGCUGGAGUAUUAUGAAAGCGAGAAGAAAUGGAGGAACAAGUCCGCUGCCAAACGGGUCAUCACUUUGGACUCGUGUCUGUGCGUAAACAAACGGGCCGACGCAAAACACAAGCACCUGAUCGCCCUCUACACCAAGGACGAGUACUUCGCCGUGGCUGCAGACAACGAGCAGGAGCAAGAGAGCUGGUACUCGGUUCUGACUGAUUUAAUAGCCGAGGGGAAAGUGUACGACAGCCCUGCUUCUACCUCCUCUCUAGUGGGCUUUGAGGAAGCCAACUACGGACUGAUCACUCCUGCAACAGCUGUCUAUAAGGAGGUGUGGCAGGUCAACUUGAAAUCCAAAGGUCUGGGUCAGAUCAAGAACCUCACUGGAGUGUACAGGCUGUGUUUGUCCAGCAGGACCAUCAGCUUUGUCAAACUGAACUCAGAAACAGCUGCUGUCAGUUUACAGCUCAUGAACAUCAGGAGAUGCGGACACUCGGACACCUUUUUCUUUAUAGAGGUGGGUCGCUCAGCUGUCACUGGGCCUGGGGAGUUCUGGAUGCAGGCAGAGGACUCAGUGGUUGCACAGAACAUCCAUGAGACUAUCCUUGAGGCCAUGAAGGCCAUGAAGGAGCUGUCAGAGUUCAGGCCGCGGAGCAAGAGCCAGUCUGCCAGCACUAACCCCAUUUCCGUUCCCACACGACGCAACCUCAACAACCUCCCCCCCAGUCAGACAGGCCUGGUGAGGAGAUCCAGGACAGAUAGCAUGGCAGCAAACUCCCCAGGGAGGAAAUUCACAUCAUGUCGGAUAAGAACGGCCAGCGAGGGGGACGGGAGUGUGACCCGGCCUGUGUCCAUGUCCAUAUCUGUCAACGGGAGUCCCACCAGUCCCAACUCUGGGAAUCUCCUCAUCAGGUCCCACACGCUCAGCAGUGGGCGCACCUGCAGGAUACUGGAGUCCUCCUCCAACCUGCACCACAGCCGCUCCAUGCCCGUGUCCAACUCACCCCCAGGCACUUCAAGCCCCAUAAGCAUGUCCCCCAGAGGGGCCAGCAUCUCCACUCCUGACAAGAUCCGGCGGCCUUUUAGCUGCAGCGCCUCCAUCUCUGGCUCCCUCAGUGACACUGGCUUCAUGCUGUGUGAUGAUUACAGCUCCAGCCCAAGUGAACCCAGAUUCAUCCCGCUGACCCGCAGCGACACCCCCGACUCCCUGUCCAGCACGCCUCCAUCCCGGGACAUCAGCGACCCCUGUGGCUACAUGAUAAUGGAGGGGGGAAAUGUCACCAGGCCUAGGGUUGGGGUUGAUGGCCUUGCAUGUGACAACGCUUACAGGAAGAGGACGCACUCCCUCACCACGCCACGUCAACAGAGGGCUGUGGCGCCGCUGGCCUCAGCCUCCCUGGAUGACUACACCCUCAUGAGGAUGGCUCACGGGCAGAACUCUCACUCCGCGUCGCCCAAAGUGUGCUACCCUGAGGACUACGGAGAUGUUGAAAUCGGGUCAUCCAGGAGCUCCAGUAGUAACCUCGCUGAUGAUGGCUACAUGCCGAUGACGCCAGGCUUAACGGCCCAGUCUGGCAAAGUAGACUACAUGCCCAUGAGCCCAAUGUGUGUCUCCGCACCGAAGCAGAUUGUGAACGCUAGGGUCCAUCCCCCGGCGACUGUGAGCGGCGGCUACAAAACCAACUCCCCCUGCAGCAGCUCUCUGGAGGACAGCGGCUACAUGAGAAUGUGGUGUAGCUCUAAAUCGUCCAUGGAGAGCUUAGACAGGAACGGUGAAUACAUGAACAUGUCGCCUGGAAACCCACCUCCACUCCAGACCCCCCCUGAUUACUACUUGGGCCUGCUAUCUGGGGAACAUGCAGCAGUGAGGUCAGCGUACCAGGGCGGCUCUCUCACACUCCCUGCUAAACUCCAGGCCUCCAAGAAUGAGGAGAGCAACCAGUAUGUGUUGAUGAGCCCCCAGAGUUUGAGGCAGAGGGUGGGGGAGUCAGACUAUUAUUCAGUGAUGCAGCCCAGUGCAGCCCCUCUUAGCCCCUCCGUGCCCUCCCCAGUCAGGCAUGGCCGGGCAGACAGCCUGCCCUACAGAGGGAGGCUUGGCAGGCCUAACAGACUUUCUCUGGACACCCUGAGGACCCUGCCCAGCAUGAACGAGCACCCCCUGCCCGGAGAACCCAGGAGCCCCGGGGAAUACAUCAACAUUGACUUCAGCUGCGCCAGAUUCUCCCCACCCUCCAAUGUGUCCACGGAGAGCCAGUCUUCAUCACUGGGCUCCAGCGGAGGGGGCCCCGGGAGGUCCUCUCUGUCAGACUACAUGAACCUGGAGCUGGGUUCACACUCGUCCAAGGAGGCACACACUCCCGCUGAGCGCUUGGACACACUCCCAGAGUUAUCUAUGUGCUCAGAAGAGGACAGAGUGUACCAUCUGGAGGGUGAGAAAGGAUCUCAGGGCCUCUGUGACGAGGGGAAAAACGACUACACUGAGAUGACAUUCGGGAUGACCAGCUCCCCACCACAGCUUGUUCCUCAGAACACCGCAAGCAGCCAGAGCAGCAGGGAGAGGAGGCUCUCUCUGGAGGACCAGGGUGUCCCAGAAUGCAUUGGGGCCUUCCUGCUCGGGGGCACCUCUUCCUCCCCAGUUGACCCCGACUGCUCCGCCAAGGUGAUCCGGGCCAACCCUCAGGGCCGUCGGCGGCACAGCUCCGAGACCUUCUCCUCCACCGCCACCGUGACCCCAGUGUUCCCCUCCUUCGCCCGCGGGGACAUGAUGAAGAGGCACAGCUCCGUGGAGAACAUCUCGUCCCGGAGCAGCGAGGGGUCGGACGAGGAGUACGGCAACAGCCCCGUGAACCGGCAGAGCUCGGCCGGGUAUGCUAACGGACUGAACUACAUUGCCUUGAACCUGCUGGACAACAGGGACGUGGAGAAAUGUGAGGGCCUGGCUGGCUUCAAACCCACCAGCAGCUGCAAAGGGGGCAUCAAUGGAUUACACAGCUCCCCGUAUGUGUGUCUGGGAUUCAAGGAGGCCGCAACCACUGCCAAAGACUGAAGGUCUCGUCUGUCCUCUGACUUGGCGUCUUCACCAACCUGCUGCUGGAAACAAGAAAUCGACUUUGCCCUACCACUGGGCCCUAAAAGACUGUCUGGACCCUCAGCAUCACUCUCACACACUUACGAAACAAGCAGGUCAUCGUCUAUGCAUGUCAUGAAUUCGCUGGAGGCAACACAGGUGUGCUCAUGUAUGUGUGUGUGUGUGUGGGCGGAUGUGUGUGUUGGUGUGUCUAAUGUUCACUGCGCUUUCAGAGGCCAUUUUUCACGUGACCCACAUUGUGGCGCAAGCACAGAAGCAAAGAUAGUCAGAAUAUAAAAAUAGUUGAAUGGUACCCUGAUACUAUUUAUUUACUUGAGGUUAGUUUUAUGACUGCCUGUAUGAGUGCGAGUGUGUUCCUGAGACAAAUUACGACCAACCUGUAUGACAAUGGAAAACGAAACCUACUAUACAAAUGGCCCAGGGAGCGAAGAUACCAAGGUACACUUAUAUAACUAUAUUUAGAUGAGAUAUGUUAUUUAUUUUUGGUAGAUGAAUGUUUGAUAAGACCUACCCAAUGCCUUAAUGUCUAUAUUGUCCUUAUGUUUUCUAUGAGAGAAGAGAUACAUAUUAUAUUACAGUGUGUCUGUUUGGACCUCUAUAUUGUUAUUCUAUUGUGGACAUUUAGCUUAAAAUAUGAUUUCAGAAAUAUACAGUACAUUGGGGCUGCUUGACAUCUGAUUUAUCUUAUGGAUAUUAAAGUAUUUUCUUAAUGACACAUUUCUUAUUUAUUCUAACCUAGUUUAUUUUUUGUCCAAUCAAAGCGCUGGACUUACAGAAAUAUAUUUCUAAAUGUCUUUAAGAGUUAUGCAUGUGUUUGUAACUCAGCUCAGACCCCACAACACCAGGCAUCUGAUUGCACUGUUCCUCCCACAGUUCCUCACUUGAGCCUGAAAACCUCACACACUCCUACCUUCAAACCUAUUGACUGCUGUUGAGCAAAAUGCAGGACACCCUGCUGUGAUAUAUUUUGACGGUACAACUGUAUAGUUAAAGUGACGACGAAGGGCCAAUGAAAACUGUCAGGGUUGGGGCACAGCCGAGACGUUUUCUGGUCAUCCAACGAGGGCUAAAGUAAGGGGAAAAGGGGUUGGCAGUGCGGGACAAUCACAAAAAAAGUAAAAGUAGGGAGGCCACAUCUGGCACCAACAGGGAGAUUUACUGGAGAAACAAGUUUAGUCAGAUAUUUUGUUUUAACAAUAUCUGAAUUGCAGUUGACAGCAAAUAGUUUGAUCAGGCUGAAAAUAAUGAUAAAAUGUUACAAGUUAAAGCAAGAAUAUAUUUCACGAAGUGACAACUAUUUAACAAUGUCAGGACAAUGCUAAAUAAUGGCACACUUUAGCUGUCAUUAGUUAGGCUACUAUUAACAACUGGUCAAAGGCCUAGCGACGGUGUGCUUUAUUGAUGCUAAAUUCCUUUAAACGUCAUAGUCUUUGUAUUAAUCUGAACAAACAUUGUGCUCUAAAGAGAAAUGAUUAGUCAAAAUGUAUACAAACUCCAAAAUGGCCUCCAGUGGGUUAAUAUUAUCUGAAAGCCCUCUAAGCUCUCCUCACAUUGUAGUGUUUGCGUCAUCCACUGUGCCGAUUCCAACCGGCUCACCACCUCUUUAGUGUACAGCAGAUUGUAAAAAUGAAAACCAUGUCUGAAUGUAUCUCUGAACUGGUGGGAACAACACACAAACACAAGGUGGACAACGGUUUUGACAGAGUUGAAUAAUAUUGGAGCUACUACGCUAAGUUUUAUUUAUCUGCAGAUUCUUGAAGGUAUAUAUUUUGUACAUAGAAACAGUUUGACUAAAACAAUCUAUUGAAAAUACACUUAGAUUUUAUGUUGCAAUGAUAUUCCUGUGUAAAGACUUUGGCUACAGAUUUUUCAAAUGGGGGUUUUUCUUCUGGGUUGUACAGGUUAUUGUAUGCUUUUCUCCCUCACAGUCUCAGUGACUAUAUGAAAAUAUACUGUCUAUUUUAUUAAAGAGAUCUCUUUGCCUUGUUGACACACUUUACCCCAAUGGCAUAUGCAAUAGUGACAUGAAUACAAUCUAGUUUACAACCGUGGAACCAAAUGUAACAUUGCAUUGAUGAUUUUUUUUCUUUUUAUUGCGAGCAGAAGCUGCUUUUCUCCUUGUACAUUUCUCUCUCUGCCAAGUGUUUUUAUUUUUGUCGCUGGGAAUUUUGUUCUUGACAUGUUUCCAAGCGCUUUCCCCAUUUCUGUGUCCAUGGACAGAAUCAGAUUGAUCUUCACUCAGUCUGAAUGUGUCGUUGUCUUCCAUUGUACAUAAUUCAAUAUACUGUUUAUUGUGAUGCUCACAAGAGAUGAUUAUAAUGAUUUUUAAAUUCUGGUAGUCCAGUAUUGCUUUUGUCUGUAUUGAUUAUGGAUAGCAACAUACAGAAAUAAAUGAAUUUAUUUAAACGUG